CAGACCUCCUUCCGAGUUCAGGUUCGGCAAGUGGAGGACUAUCCUGUGGACCUCUACUACCUGAUGGAUCUCUCCCUGUCCAUGAACGACGACUUAGAUAAUAUUCGCAAUCUGGGGACCAAGCUGGCUGAGGAGAUGCGAAAGCUCACGAGCAAUUUCCGGCUGGGAUUUGGCUCUUUUGUGGACAAAAACAUUUCUCCUUUCUCCUACACUGCACCAAGAUACCAAAACAACCCCUGCAUUGGUUACAAGCUGUUCUCCAGCUGUGUCCCUUCCUUUGGCUUCCGCCACCUCUUGUCCCUGACGGAUAAAGUCGACCGCUUCAACGAGGAAGUCCAGAAGCAGAAAGUUUCCCGCAACCGAGAUGCUCCAGAGGGUGGUUUUGAUGCGAUUUUGCAGGCUGCUGUCUGCAAGGAGAAGAUCGGUUGGCGUAAGGAGGCAUCUCACCUGCUGGUCUUCACGACAGAUGACGUGCCCCACAUAGCCCUGGACGGGAAGCUGGGAGGACUGGUGCAGCCCCAUGAUGGCCAGUGCCACCUGAAUGAAGCCAACGAGUACAGUGCAUCCAGCCAGCUGGAUUAUCCUUCCCUGGCGCUUCUGGGGGAGAAACUCGCUGAAAACAACAUCCACCUGAUUUUCGCCGUCACAAAAAACCAUUACAUCCUGUACAAGAACUUUACUGCCUUGAUUCCUGGGACAACAGUGGAGAUUUUGCACAAAGACUCCAAGAAUAUAAUCGAGCUGAUCGUCAAGGCCUACAAUAGUAUUCGGUCCAAGGUGGAGCUCACGGUCUGGGACAGCCCUGAGGACAUUGGCUUGACCUUCACUGCCACGUGCCAGGAUGGGCUGUCCUACCCUGGGCUCAGAAAAUGUGGGGAUCUCAAAAUAGGAGACACGGUUUCCUUCGAGGUGGCCGUGGAGGCUCGGAGCUGCCCAGCCGAAGACACUUCCCACGCCUUCACCAUCAAGCCUGCGGGGUUUCGGGACACCCUGGAGGUGACAGUGACCUACAACUGCCUCUGUGGCUGCACCAGCCGCGCCGCGCCGGCCAGCGGGAAGUGCAGCGGCAACGGGACCUACAGCUGUGGGCUGUGCGAGUGCGAUGCCGGGUACCUGGGCGCCCGCUGCGAGUGCCAGGAGGGGGCCAGUGGGGACAUGCACCAGGCCAUGUGCCGGGAGGCCGAGGGCAAACCCCUCUGCAGUGGGAGAGGGGAGUGCAGCUGCAACCAGUGCCUCUGCUACGAGAGUGAGUUCGGGAACAUCUACGGGCCCUUCUGCGAGUGCGACGACUUCUCCUGCGCCAGGUACAAGGGAGUCCUCUGCUCAGGCCAUGGCGAGUGUCACUGCGGGGAGUGCAAGUGCCACGCCGGCUACAUCGGGGACAACUGCAACUGCUCCACGGAGACAGACAGCUGUGUUUCCAGCGACGGCCAGAUGUGCAGCGGCAGGGGCACCUGCGUCUGCGGGAGGUGUCAGUGCACUGAGCCAGGGGCUUUUGGAGAGACCUGUGAGAAGUGUCCCACCUGCCCCGGCGUCUGCAGCACUAAAAGGGACUGCAUUGAAUGCAAGCUGUUUAACUCAGGAAGACUGGCUGAUAACCAAACCUGCCAAAAGCACUGCAAGGAUGAGAUCAUCACCACUGUGGAUGUUCUUGAGACAGAUGACCCGAACGCGAUCCUCUGUGCCUACCCAGUGAACAACUGUGUCAUGAAGUUCACCUACUUGGAGCUUGCCAGUGGGAAAUCCAACCUCACCGUCCUCAAGGAGCCAGCAUGCAGCUCAGCCCCCAGCGCUGUGACAAUCGUGCUGGCAGUGAUUGGCAGCGUGGUCCUGAUUGGCAUCAUCCUGCUGGGGCUCUGGAAGCUGCUGGUCACCAUUCACGACAGACGGGAAUUUGACCGAUUCCAGAGUGAACGCUCCCGGGCCAGAUACGAAAUGGCAUCCAAUCCUCUCUACCGAAAGCCCAUUUCCACACAUAACGUAGAGUUCACGUUCAACAAGCUCAACAAGUCUUACAACGGUACAGUUGACUGAUGGGGUCUUGGCACCUGGCACUGCUGUGGACAAUUGCUUGACUGUAUGUGCUGCUUCCCCACUUGAAGACGGGAUCCUCUUCAGGGGCAAGAAUCCCUUACGACAGGACUGGUCAAUGACCAAAGCCAGUUAUUUGCACAGUAAAGAGAAAAGUCUGGUUCAUCCUGGAGGCACGGACACGAAGGCAGGCUCCCCACCUGGGACUCCUGCUGCUGGACUCCUAGCUGUGUGCCACUCUGUACCCCAGCUUUCAGGAUAUAUUAAACCUGCCAACUAAGUCAACCAAGUGCCAUAUUGCAGCUUUAGACAUAUCCCUUUAGACAGGGUGACUAGGUCAAAAACCAGGGGAACCCAUGCCAUUGCAAGUUGUUUGGAGGGGGUAGGGGUGGGGGAAUUAGCUUAAAAAAAGGAGGGUUUUGGAAGGCAUUUGUGUAAGGAAUUAGGAUACAGGAGUUCUGCAGUCUUUAGGAAUUUUUUUUUUAUAUAAAAAACAAAAUAAAACUAUUGUGCAU